UUCUCCACUUUGCCCCAGAGCCGUGUCUCGCAUCAUGUCCGGACGCGGUAAGAAGCUGGUCGCUGCGCCGAAGAGCAAGUCCUCCUCCGUGUCGCGUUCGACGCGCGCAGGGCUGCAGUUCCCCGUCGGUCGCGUCGCGCGUCUCCUGCGGAAGGGGAACUACGCGCCGCGCAUCGGCUCCGGGGCCGCGGUGUACCUGACGGCGGUCAUCGAGUAUCUGUGCGCGGAGGUGCUGGAGCUGGCGGGCAACGCGUGCCGCGACAACAAGAAGCUGCGCAUCGCGCCGCGUCACAUCCAGCUCGCGGUGCGCAACGACGAGGAGCUGAACGCGCUGUUGGGCGGCGUCACGAUCUCGGAGGGCGGCGUGCUCCCCAACAUCCAGGCGCAGCUCCUGCCCAAGAAGACCAAAGCCCCACGGGACCCCGCCAACCCCAGCAAAGACGUCCAGUCCCAGGACUUCUGAAGCGGACUCUGCUCGAGCACUUGACCGAUGGUUUUAACUUUUAAUAAAUCUGGUGUUCUCU